AUGAAUACUUACUAUCUUUAAAUGAGAAAAAAAGAUUAAGAGUAUUAAUUACGGAGGAUAUGGCAAAGAAAUAUUUGCAAAUUUUAAAUGACCCAAAAAAUACCUCUAUUGUGGAUCCCAAUAUACGUUAUCAUGUUAAAAAUAACUAUUUAUUUCAAAGAGUUGGUAGAAUUGUAACAUUAAUGUAUAAAGAAAAAUUAGAUGAUUGGAAACCUAUAGCUUUAAAAGAGUCAUUUCAUACCUGA